AUGAAGUAUGGCAAGCAGUACCUCGACACGCUGGAGCAUGUCCCGGAGGAGUGGAGGCAGCAGGCUAUCGAGUAUCGCAAGCUGAAGAAGGUUAUCAACCGCGUUGCGAACGAGUUAAAGGACUUGGGCUUGACGAGCGAGGUGCUCAAGGACUUGCUGAACCAGCAGUCGCCGCAGAAGAAGAAGGAUGCGGAACCGGUUCACCAGAAGGCGACGGAGGGAAGGGGCAGCACGCUGAGAUGGGCGGAUGAGCCAGGGACGUCGGUGGCCCAAGAUGAGGAUGCGAAGGAAGAGGCGGACGCGAGCAUACAGGAGGUGAUUGACGAGGCGGAGGGAGUUGUUGAGACGGAGGAAGAUCUGCCAGAGGCUGGGAGGGUGCCGCUCGACGCGAAGGGUAAGGGCAAGGCGAAAGCGACGCACAAGAGACGGGUGCGAGCAACCUACGAGCUUGGCGGAACGGCUGCCAACCCCGAACCUCGAAUCCACCUCGUAUUCUCCUCCUGCUCUUCGUCCUCCUACUCCGAGUCUGAGUCGUCCGAUCCAGUCCGCAACGACUCGGGCGACGACGACGACAGCUCUCCCGCCAACUUUCUCUUCAAACGACACGCCCGCAAACGUUCUCGCAGUAUGAACUCGAACAAAACGCCUAAAGCGCAGAUCGUCGAGCUACCUUCGUCGGAAGGCGAAGGGCCCGAAACAGACCCCGACGGGACAGGCGAUUUCCCCGAGGCUGCUCAUUCCGAAGCGGCGCGGCUAGCGCAGGCGGAUGCGGCGCAGACUACGCCCGAGGACAGCGAAUCUGGCCGCGCCGAGGGCGACGAGACGCCCCAAACCGAGUCGACGGGUUCGGUGGCGGACGGCCUCAACACGGACGACGACGUCGAGUUCGAAGGAGCUGGGCCGCAGGCAAACGGCUUGCUGCGCCGGAUGUACGGCUUCGGGAAGCGGUGGAGCGAGGAUGAGGAGAGUCCGGCCAUCUACGAACUCGACGAGAACGGCGAGCGGGUACCUGAGACGCCGCCGUCGGAAGAAGAGGAGGACGCAGCGCACGACUCUCGUCCGCUCAGGCGCCAGCUCAGCCAGGAGACGAUCAAGAGCUCGUUGGCGGGCAUGUCGUUGCGGGACGAGCCGCUCGGCAAGGUUGAGAAGGGCGAGCAGGACCGGAAGAAGGCGAAUCGGGCGGAGAAGGUCAAGCGCAAGGUUGAGGAGGCGGAUCAAGCGGACGACGAGGGCGACACGCAGCCCGCAAAGCCUGCGAAUGGACACCGACCACGCCAGCAUCGUCGGGAAGUCUACAUCCCGCUGAACUCGGACACCGAGUUCCUCACCCUCCUCGCGUCAGCGCUCAACUCGCUCGCGACGCUCCAGCUCGCCCAGAAGCGCCAGUUCACCGAAGCUGUCCAGAUCCUCGCCCGCGAAGUCUCGUCAGUUUCUUCGCCCUCUCGACCCAAGACCGACCUCUACAUCUGGCGCGAGAUCUUCUCGCUCUGGGUCGAGGCGGCCAUCUUCGAGUCUUCGCGUGAGCGGGACCGCGGCGAGCGCAGUAUCGAGGAGGUAGAGAAGCGCCUCGAGUGGUUCGUCGAUCAGGUCGCCAAGCGGAAACUCGCCAAGCGCAUGCGGAACAAGGAGAGUCGAGUUGCGCUGGAAAAGUUCGUUGCGCUCAACGUCGAGCUUCUCGAUCUCAAGAAGUUCCAGGUUGCGAACGAAGAGGCUGCUCGCAAGAUUCUCAAGAAGCACGACAAGCGGACAGCGCUCACCGCUUCUCUCGGCUUUCCCAAGUUUAUCGCGGACGGCGACGCCUCAAAGCUGAUCUCGACUGAGCUCAUCCACUCUGGCGACGACGGCAAAGCUCGACCUGUCCUCACCUUGCCCGGCUUCCCAUCUCUGCCGCAUAUUCUCCUCUCCACCUUCACCUCGACCCUCCUCCCGAUCAUCCCGCAACUCGAAGACUACGAAUGCUCGAUCUGCGGGGACGUCGCGUUCAAGCCUAUCCGCCUCGCCUGUGGUCACAAAUUCUGCGUCCGCUGUCUCGUCAAGAUGCAGAAGCGUGGCCAGGACAACUGUCCGCAGUGUCGCAAAGCCGUCGUCCUUCGCGCAAAUGCCACCAAUCUCGAUCAGGAGCUUCAGCAGUUCCUCCUCCGCUGGUUCCCGCACGAAGUCAAGGAGAAGGAGCGCAACAACCACAAGGAGUCGGCGCGCGAGGAGCUCGAGGAGAUGGGUCUCAAGGAGCACAAGUGCCGGAUGAUGUAG